AUGGGAAUCAAAGGCCUCUACCCGCUCAUCAAGGAAAACUGCCCCGAUGCCACCAAAGAAGGCGAGAUCAAGACGCAAUUCGGCCGCAAGAUCGCCAUUGAUGCCUCAAUGUACCUCUACUCGUUCCUCGUCGCCGUACGGAGCAGCGGCGAGCAGCUCAUGAACGACUCUGGCGAAACGACGUCUCACCUGAUUGGCAUCUACUACCGCACCCUUCGUCUCAUUGAGAAUGGUAUCAAAYCUGUCUAUGUCUUCGACGGUGCACCGCCGAAGCUCAAGUCAGGCGAGCUAGCGAAACGAUUUCAGCGCAAGUCUGAAGCACAGGCAGCAGAGGAGGAGGCGAAGGAGACGGGCACUGCAGAAGAUGUGGAAAAGUUCAGCAGACGAUCUGUCAAGGUCACGAGAGAGCACAAUGCGGAGUCACAGAGAUUGCUGAAGCUCAUGGGAGUGCCCUACAUCAUCGCGCCAACCGAAGCUGAGGCACAGUGUGCUGUCCUGGCUCGCGAAGGCAAAGUCUUCGCUGCUGCAUCUGAAGACAUGGAUACAUUGACUUUCGCGGCGAGCGUGCUGGUACGCAAACUCACAUCUCCAGAGUCAAAGRAGGAGCCAGUCCAGGAAAUCCACCUCGAUCGCGUGCUGGAAGGAUUCGGCAUGGACCAGGCUCAAUUUAUUGACUUCUGCAUCUUGCUCGGCUGCGACUACCUCGAUCCUCUCAAGGGGGUCGGCCCAAAGACCGCUUUGGCGCUGAUCAAGGAGCACAAGACGCUCGAGAAUGUCGUGGCACAUAUCCAAAAGGCUGGCAAGAUCACCAUACCCGAGGACUGGCCUUACAAGGACGCUCGCCAACUCUUCGUCGAGCCGGACGUACGACCCGCUGAUCAUCCGGAUUGCGAGUUCAAGUGGGAAGMACCAGACGAGGAGGGACUAGUCAAGUUUCUGGUAGAGGAGAAGGGGUUCUCCGAGGAACGUGUCCGUAAUGGUGCAGCGCGGCUGAAGAAGAAUCUCAAGUCAGGACAGCAGUCACGCUUGGAGGGCUUCUUCAAGGUUCAGGAGAAGACGGACGAGCAGAAGGCAAGCUUGAAGCGAAAGAACGACGCCAAGGUCGAGGCUGCCAAGAAGCAGAAGAAGGAAGAUGCCAAAGCGAAGAAGGACAGUAAGGCUAAGCCGAAGAUGAAUUCCUAG